AUGGAGGAUGGCGAGUUGGAAAUCCGGUUGCCAGGGCGAUCUGACUCCCCUGUGGGCAACAGGAGGUCCGAUGGCGGCGGCGGGUUUGGUGAGACGCUGGUGCUGCGGCACAAAGAGGUUCACCACUUUUUCUUCGCCCCCUUCAGGGAGCAGCCCAUCUACAGCACCAGGGCCCACGUCUUCCAGAUUGACCCCAACACCAAGAAGAACUGGCUGCCCACCAGCAAGCACGCUGUCACAGUCUCCUACUUCUACGACAGCACGCGCAACGUCUAUCGCAUCAUUAGCCUGGACGGCACCAAGGCAAUAAUCAACAGCACCAUCAGUCCCAACAUGACGUUCACAAAGACCUCACAGAAGUUUGGUCAGUGGGCGGACAGUCGGGCGAACACCGUCUACGGCCUGGGAUUCUCCACUGAGCAUCAUCUAGCCAAGUUUGCAGAGAAGUUUGCGGAGUAUAAAGAAGCGGCGCGGCUCGCAAAAGAGAAGAGUCAAGAGAAGGACAUGGCCUCGUCUCCUUCUCAGGAGUCUCCGGCUGGUGAGCUCGCGUCACCUUUGACCCCACUGACCCCGCCCAUGGAAACCAUCAACGGCACGGAUGACAUCUGCGACUCGACUCCCAACUCAGACAGUCGCCCAGAGCCGUCACAGAACGCACUGGCCUUCACACACAGCCCCGCCAUGACAAAACAUUGGGAGGCUGAGCUGGAUGCACUAAAAGGGAACAAUGCCAAACUAACGGCAGCUCUGCUGGAGUCCACAGCCAACGUCAAACAGUGGAAACAACAACUGGCUGCCUACCAGGAGGAGGCCGAGAGACUACACAAACGGGUGACGGAGCUCGAGUGCCAGAGCAGCCAAAGCCCAGCGAUCAAAUCUCAGAAGACUGAACUCAACCAAACCAUAGAGGAACUGGAGAAUACGCUAAGGGAUAAAGAAGAGGAAAUGGAAAAGUUAAAAGAAGAAUUGGAAAACAUGAAUGACCUGAUGGAGCAGAAAGACACCCUUUCCCAGAAACUUGAGGAGACCGAUCUGCGCAGUCGGGUGCUGGAGGAGCAGCUGGCGGGUGCAGAGCAGCGGCUGGAGGAGAACCAGGAGGAGCAGGAGAAUUUCAGAAAGAGCCUGCGGACGCUGCUGGAGAUGCUGGACGGCAAGAUCUUUGAGCUGACGGAGCUCAGAGACACCCUGGGCCGGCUCAUAGAGGAGGCCAGCUAG